AUCAGAGCUGCCCCAGGAGCGAGCGCGUGAAGAGGUGAAUGCCACUCGCCAGAUAUUACUAAGGCUGGACAUGUAAAAUCUCCGGGUAGGGUGGUUAGCAAGUUUUUCAUACAACUGGCUCCCCCCGAUAAUUCUGACAGCGAGACUCCCAAGACAGGAGAGACGCUACUCAAACCAUGAACCUGGAACCUGCCAAAUCUGAUAUCAAACCAGCCACCCGUGUGACAGGUGGGCCAGCCACCCCUAGGAAAGGACCCCCAAAAUUCAAGCAAAGACAGACCAGGCAGUUCAAGAGCAAACCACCCAAGAAAGGGGUGCAAGGAUUUGGAGAUGAUAUCCCUGGGAUGGAAGGUCUAGGAACAGACAUCACCGUUAUCUGCCCUUGGGAAGCCUUCAACCACCUGGAGCUGCACGAGUUGGCCCAAUAUGGUAUCAUCUAGAGACCCCCGAUCCGGUCUUUACCCAGUCCUGUUUCUCUGCCCCAUCACUGCAUGGAGAUGUAGUGUGCAUAGAACUCAAUGAAAGUCAAAAGCACCCAAAUCUCCACUCCUCAGACGUCUACGGGUCAAGCGGCCAGUUCUUUAUCAUGGCGCUGGCAGAUACGCGCGUCUCAGUUCUCACCUUCACACAUGUACGUGACCAGCUUGCACUAACCCGCUGCUCUGCUAGCUGAUAGACAGUUACCCAAAAGUUUGAUAUAUCAUGCCAUCACUACAUCUGGUGCUUAGGGAACCAAUGCCGGCAUGGAACGUGCUCUUUAUAUAAUCUUAGUAGAUCAGUAGACAUUUGCUCAUUUACAUAUGGGGCUAUGUAGUGAUGUCACACAUGGGGAUGGACUAACUUAUUAAAAUCAUUUUUCUUUCCAGUUGCAUGCAAAUCAAUGAGUAAAAUAUAUGCUUAUUUAUUAUAUAUCAUAUGAUGCCCUUUAUCUGUACUGUGAUAGAGUUGACUUAAAAGUCACUAUCAUGUUUGGAACAUCUAGCGUCUUUUCCUUGUAGCUUAAUAUCCCGCCAGCUUGCAGUAAAAUGAAUCUUUGUACAUAUUUCCGACGUCCUUGCUGCUCCCUCCGUCUCUCCCCCGAUCCCGACUACAAAUCACCUGUAAUCUGUUCAUCUAAUCCUUGCCACACAACUGUUUUGUAAGAAAGUAUCACGUGUUGGUUAAAUCCCGCAGUUAACAAAGGCUGGUAUUGAAAAUAAUAAAAAAAAUGUGAUACAAA